CUCAUUCACUGCAGUACUCUCACCCCAGAGAAGUUUCUUUGAACAGAUUAGGCAGUUGAGGCAACAUGGCUUCCUCUGUCCAAACCCAAACGUCGACCCCGAAAGUGCGUGAGAUCUUCGAUGAGAUCCGGUGGGUGAUCCAAAUCCGCCGGAUGCUUGAGGAAGAGCUCGAAGACGAAACUGAGGUGCCAGUCUCCAUUUUCAGCGUCCCAGCUGUACUAAUGUCCAGCGACCCAGAUUUGUACACCCCGCAACAAGUGGCCAUUGGUCCAUACCACCAUUGGCGCCCAGAGAUGUACGAGAUGCAGAGGUACAAGCUUGCGGCAGUGAAAAGAUAUCAGAAGCAACUCGAGAGGAUCAAGUUCCAGAGUUUGGUGGAACAACUGGUCAAGCUCGAGCCGAGGGUCCGAGCCUGCUACCACAAGUACCUGGACUUCAACGGUGAGACGCUGGCGUGGAUGAUGGCCAUUGACGCGCUGUUCUUGCUUGAGUUCCUCCAAAUCUACGCAAUCAAAGAAGGUAAGAUGCUCUCGAGGGUCUCAUCGAGGAUGUCGCAUUUGGUCGAUAUUGCAGGGAGGAAGUCCGCACACAAUGCCAUCCUUAGGGACAUAGUCAUGCUAGAGAAUCAAAUCCCACUUUUCAUAUUGAGGAAGAUGUUAGAAUUCCAAUGUGCGUCCCUCGAUGAAGCCGAUGACAUGUUGCUCACGAUGCUAAUGGGAUUUUACAAGGAAAUCUCACCUUUCAAACUGAUGGAGGCAUUGCCCAAUAUACAAGUCUCAGUCUGUGCCCACUUGCUAGACUUCUUGUAUAACAUCAUAGUACCCAAAGUGGAGGGACAACCUGAGAUCAUCGAGGAGGAAGGUAACGGCGAGGACAAGAAAGACAAGGGACUAUCCCCUUUGGCCUCGUCUAGCAGUGGCACGAGUUACGUCAAGCAAUUUUGCGAUGCAAUUUGGAAUUUGCUCUCCAAGUUGAACAAUGGCCCAAUUAAAAUGCUCAAGAGGCUGCUUUUUUCAAACCCAGUGAAGGUACUGUUGAAAUUGCCAUGGACUAUUCUCUCUAAACUCCCAUUUUUCUCGGUCUUGGCACAGCCUCUUGAGGCCUUAUUCUCAUCUCAAGAAAAAGAAGAUGGCAAGCCAGAAAAUGAAAGUAGCAACCCUUAUAAGCCACCUUCAGUUGAGGAGAUCGCAAUCCCCUCGGUCUCUGACCUAUCCAAUGUAGGAGUCCGUUUCGUAGCCACCAAUGGUAACCUCUCUAGCAUCGGUUUCGACACCAAGAUGGCAACACUUUACUUGCCUGCCAUAAGUCUGGACGUGAACUCCGAGGUGUUCAUGAGAAACCUAGUCGCUUACGAGGCAUCAAACGCAUCAGGCCCGUUGGUUUUCACACGCUACACUGAACUCAUGAACGGCAUUAUAGACUCGGACGAGGACGUGAAGCUGUUGAGAGAGAAAGGGGUCAUUUUGAACCGACUGAAGAGCGACGAGGAGGUCGCAAAGCUGUGGAACAGCAUGAGCAAAUCAAUCCGGUUGACAAAAGUGCCCUUCUUGGACAAGGCGAUCGAGGACGUGAACAAGUACUACAACGGGAGGUGGAAGGUCAAGCUCGGCAAGUUCAUGAAGCUGUACGUAUAUGGCUCAUGGCAAUUCCUGGCAUUGCUGGCUGCGAUUGCACUCUUGCUGCUCAUGACAUUGCAAGCCUUUUGCUCGGUCUAUAGCUGUUCUCGCAUAUUUCAUAUCAAAACCACAGGCAUAUGAUCAAUCAUGAAGUUGU